AUGCGCAAAGGCAACUACGCUGAGCGUGUGGGCGCUGUCGCACGAGUCUACCUGGCCGGCGUGCUCGAUUACCUGAUUGCUGAGAUCCUGGAGUUGGCCGGAGACACUGCCCGUGAAAACAAGAAGACUCACAUCAUCCCCUGUCACCUGCAGCUGGCCUUCCGUAACGACGAGGACCCAACAUCCGGGCGGUGCUACUCCCCAAGAAGACCGAGAAUGCCGUCAAAGCCAAGUAAAUUCACUACUGUGGCUUCACCUUGA